AACAUUGGCAAGCUGAAGCCUUUGUUGAACAAGUGGCUGGAGGAGGCCGACUCCUCCACGGGCAGCCCCACGAGCAUCGACAAGAUCGCGGCGCAGGGCAGGAAGAGGAAGAAGAGGACGUCCAUCGAGGUGAGCGUCAAGGGCGUGCUGGAGACUCACUUCCUCAAGUGCCCCAAGCCGGCCGCCCAGGAGAUCUCCUCGCUGGCAGACAGCCUGCAGCUCGAGAAGGAGGUGGUGCGGGUCUGGUUUUGCAACAGGAGGCAAAAAGAGAAGAGAAUGACUCCGCCGGGCGAGCAGCAGCCACACGACGUGUACGCGCACGGCGUCAAAACGGACACGGGCUGCCACGACCUCUGA